AUGCAAAACAUAUCCCUAAAUGUGUCUGAAACAGUACAUUCUAAAUAUUUAUGUAUUCAGUUUUUGAGAAGUGGUUUAAACAAAGACAAGGAGAACAUUAACGAUGAUAACAUGAAAGAAGAUAGUGAUAAUGUAGUUAUCCACAAAACACCCACAUCACCCAAUUCAAGACUUGAAAAGGAUUCAGGAUAUACCAUAAAGCAUGGACAUGAUGAUUUAGAUGUGACCUCGACUUCAGAUGCAGCAAAUAAGAGAUCUCACAUUGAAGCAAAAAAUCUUCUUGAUGAAUCUAAAAAUUGCUCAGAAGAAAUGCUUAAUUUACAAAGAAAUUUUCAAAUGUAUUGUGAUCAUGCUAACAACAUACUGACAGCAGAUGACAUCAUGGAUCUGAGACCAUCAUCAGAAUUUGUUCUGAAGUUUACUGAUGAAGUUGAUCUUAUUGACCAACUUUUCCCAGAGGAAGCUUUUGAGUUUCUUGUAGAGUUCUUUUCUGAGAAAUUAAAUGACCAGCAAUGGCAAGACAAAAUUGAAACCUUAACAAAUCCUGAAGCAGAUGAAAUUUUUAAACAAUUAAAAAGCUUUGAUUCAUAUGCAAUGAAUGCCGAGAACCCAUUAAAAAAUCAAGAAAUGGAAGAAGAUGAAUACAUGAAUAAUUAUAUCCAUCUGAUUCUAAAAAAGGCACUUGCACGGUUUUCAAAUAUUUGUUAUGUCUCUGGCAACAAAGCCAUAGAAGCAUCAGCGUAUAGAAAAUCUGUCACAAAUCAAAAGGGUAAUGCAGACUGGUCUGAUGGAAUUGUCUAUACAUCUAAUGAAAAGCCAUAUGAGAUAUGCAUAAUAGAAGGAAGUAAACCAUAUAACACAGAAAAUGGAAAAGAAAUGGCAGAGUUUCUUCAAAAUGCAAGGGCUGGAAAAGAUAUUAUUAAUUUUUGA